GACAUAUGAUAGUUUCCAUUAAAUGGGUGAAUGGAGCCACUGGUUGCACUGCUACAUAUGAUAAUAUCCAUCAUGACCUUCUCUAAAGCUAACAAAAUGGUUUGUACUCUGCGAGGGGAGCCUGUUCACCCUGAGCUAUGGAAAGAUGGGGCUAUUAUAGUUGGAGGGGUUUUCUCUUUCCAUAGCAGCUGGGAAAUCAGGCAACAGACAUAUUCAAUUCUUCCACCUCCACUGAAGUGCAUCAGUCUUAAUUUUAGAGACUUCCAGUACGCACAAUCCAUGCUCUUCGCAAUAGAGGAAAUUAAUAACAGUUCCACUUUGCUACCUGGGAUCUCAUUAGGCUACAAGAUCUAUGACACGUGUGGAUCAGUGGCAGCUGGGGUUCGAGCAGCUAUGGCCCUUGCAAAUGGGUAUGAGAAAGUGUCUGUUGAAGGGCCCUGCACAAAGCAUGCUGAAGUGCAAGCAAUUAUUGGGGACACAACUUCUUCAGCUUGCAUGGCGAUAUCAAAGGGUAUUGGACCAUUCAAGCUUCCAUUGAUCAGCCACUAUGCCACCUGUGAAUGCCUUAGUGACAAAGUCAAAUAUCCCUCAUUUCUUCGAACUAUUGCAAGUGAUCACUAUCAGAGUAGAGCACUGGCAGAACUGGUUAGACACUUUGGCUGGACCUGGGUUGGAGCCUUAAGAACAGAUGAUGAUUAUGGUAACAGUGGGAUGGCCACUUUUACUAAGGUAGCUGAACAGAUGGGUAUCUGUUUGGAAUAUUCUCUCCCGUUUUUCAGAACCUACCCUGAAGAUAAAGUAAUAAGGAUAAUUGAGCAGAUUAAAAGCUCUACUUCACGAGUAAUUGUAGGAUUUCUUGCUCAUUGGGACUUGGAGGUUCUGCUGCAUAAAUUUGUUGAACACAAUAUUACUGGAUACCAGUGGGUAGGGACCGAAGCUUGGAUAUCUGAUUCAGUCAUUGCCAGUAUGGAUAAGCACCACAUUCUACAAGGAGCAAUUGGUCUGGCUAUACCCAAAACACAAGUGACAGGUCUGCAAGAAUUCAUUCUAAAAAUAAAACCACUGAAGUCUUCGGGAGGUGUCAUUUUUACUGAGUUCUGGGAAGAACUGUUUCAGUGUAAAUACUCAACUAAGAAUGAUUCUGUGUCCAUAACUCCCUGUACAGGCAAUGAGGAACUGUCUCAAGUGCAAAAUUUAUUUACAGACAUGUCACUCAUGCCCAUCUUCAGCAAUGUGUAUAAAGGAGUGUAUGCUGUUGCUCAUACACUUCAUGACCUCCUGGGAUGCAAAGAAAAAUGUGACUUAAAUAAACAGCCUGAUCCUUCAACAUUUCUGAAGCACCUGAGAAAGGUGCAUUUCAAAACGAAAGAUGGUGAGGAGGUUUAUUUUGAUGAGAAUGGUGAUCCAGUGGCAAAAUAUGACAUUAUAAAUUGGCAUCCAAGUAAAAAACAACACUAUGAAUUUGUUACUGUUGGGCUUUAUGAUGCUUCUUUUCUGGGGAUAGAUCGAUUAGCUGUCAAUAUGCCAUCAAUUUUAUGGGCAAAUAAUUCCACAAAGGUACCAGUGUCUGUGUGCAGUGAGAGCUGCCCCCCUGGCACUAGGAAGGGUGUGAAGAAAGGAAAGCCCAUAUGUUGUUAUGACUGCAUACCGUGCACAGAGGGAGAAAUCAGUAACACUACAGAUUCUGUAACAUGUCUGCGGUGCCAUCAAGACUUCUGGUCAAAUAUGCAAAACGAUGGAUGUGUUAAGAAGGAAACAGAAUUUUUGUCUUAUGAGGAAAUCAUGGGGAUUUUGCUCACAACUAUUUCACUUGUUGGUGCAUUUAUAACAAUAAUAAUUGCAGUCAUAUUUUUCCGAUAUAAAAAUACCCCAAUAGUGAAAGCCAACAACUCGGAACUGAGCUUCCUGCUCCUAUUUUCACUGAUGUUGUGUUUUCUCUGUUCACUUACUUUCAUUGGUCGGCCCACUGAGUGGUCCUGUAUGUUGCGUCACACAGCAUUUGGGAUCACUUUUGUCCUCUGUAUCUCAUGUGUUCUGGGGAAAACAAUAGUGGUUUUAAUGGCUUUCAGGGCAACACUUCCAGGAAGUAAUGUCAUGAAAUGGUUUGGGCCUCCUCAACAAAGACUCAGUGUUUUUUCAUUUACUCUUAUACAAGUGAUUAUUUGUGUGCUUUGGUUAACAAUAUACCCCCCUUUUCCAUUUAAAAAUCUUAACUAUUUCAAAGAAAAGAUAAUACUAGAAUGUAAUGUGGGAUCGGUUGUAGGUUUCUGGGCUGUGUUAGGUUAUAUUGGGCUGCUUGCUAUUCUAUGUUUCUUUUUGGCUUUUCUGGCUCGGAAACUCCCGGAUAAUUUUAAUGAAGCCAAAUUUAUCACAUUUAGUAUGCUCAUAUUUUGUGCUGUUUGGAUUGCUUUCAUACCUGCUUAUGUUAGUUCUCCUGGAAAAUUCACAGUGGCAGUGGAGGUAUUUGCCAUUUUAGCCUCCACAUAUGGAAUGUUAUUUUGCAUAUUUAUUCCUAAAUGCUAUAUCAUUUUAUUGAAACCAGACAAGAACUCUAAAAAACAUUUAAUGGUCAAAUAACACCCAAGAGCUACGUGAGUUUAAAAUUUUAAAGUAUAAUAAUAGUGUAGAUGAAAAUAAAACAUACUAUACACUGUUAUUUUUACCAUCCUGUACUUUUACCAUCCUAUUUUAAGUUAUGUUGAUUGUUAUCACCAUGAUGGCGCUUUUCUUACUAAACAGUGUAUGUUGGACCAUUACAUGAUGAAAUUAACAACAUCUCUGUUUUGCCUAAUAAAGUUAGAAAACAUAAAUGGUG